CCUCGUGAGCUAACAUUCGUAUAUAUGUAUAUAUAAAAAAAAGAAAGUGAUAUAAAAUAAAUACUAAUAAUAAUUUGUUGAAACAUUCUUGAAUUUCGAGUUUCUCUGGCUUUUAUCAAAUUCUUUCCAUAAUGACUACGAUAACGUGUUUGCCUGACGAAGUGAUUGCUGUCAUUUUGAGUUAUAAUGACAUUAGCAUUGAAGACGUCGUGAGCUUUAUUUCCACGUGUAAAAGAUUUCAUCGGGCUCUACUGGACAGGAAGUUUUGGGAAAGAAAAUUUUAUCUGAGGUGUUGUGCUGCGGAUGAGAAAUAUGAGUAUAAACACGAGCGAGAAAAACUUUUUCGUCAAUUUGAUUUUAAAGAUCUAAUAAAGAAGAGUCUAAUGUGUAUCAAAAAACUUUAUUAUUAUAUAUCCGUGAUAUCCAACGAUAAUUUCAUAGAAGCUAGAAAAAAAAAAUUGUUUUCAUUACUCCAUUUUAUAUCCAAGAAUGAUCUAAUUUGUUGUCUUGUUGUGGAGGAAAUAUUACAGAAGAAAUAUUUUACUUCUAAUUCAAUUUGGACGAAUGGAAAAGAUUUGACACAUGAUUAUAAUAGUACUAUAUUUAUUCGAUAUUUAAAACUAUAUAGCUUAAAAUACAAUCUAGAAAAAUAUGCCAAGAAGCCAAAGAAAAAACAGCUUUUAGAAGAAGUACUAACAAUUGUGGUACAAUACUUUCAUCCAUACAUAUCUUACACGUUUAUAGAUAUGUGGAUAAAUGAUAUUGUACACGAGGUAUUAGAACAUUUAAUAAUGUCCCAUCAUAAGCAUUCUAUUUUCAAGAAGACUUCUGAGGAUUUUUCAAUUUGGAGUGAGGACGAUACCAUACCUAAUUACUGGAAUGAAAUGGAAAGCAAACAAAUUAUGGAUACGCUUGAAAAAUUUGUAUUUUCUCAAUUAGAUGAUCAUUUUUAUAUGAAUUUUUCACUGUUUACGGAUAUAUUUACUAUCAUUCACUUAUCACGCUGUUGCAAGAAGGCUCGGUAUACACUGCAAAAUAAAAAUUCUAUCUUUUUCUCUGAUACACAUGGUUAUUUCCUGGAAAUCAGAUAA